CUCCCGGGGCGGCAGCAGGGCCGGGCCGGGCCCCAGCCGCUGUCGAGCUCCCCUGGCGCCCCCCCCGCCACCCCCCUGGGCGCCGAAACUCCGCCCCUGCCGGCGCCGGGCCGCCUUGGCAACCGCUGGCGGCGGCAAGAUGGCGGACGACUUGGACCGGUUACUGGAUGAAGUGGAGAGGCGGCUCUGCCGCCUGCCGGGGCGGGAGGCGGCGGGCGGCCACCGGCGCGGCGACGGCGAGGAGCAGGAGGAGGAGGCGGCGGCGGCGGCGGCAGCGGUGAAGGAGGGCAGAUCAGCUAAACUGUUAAUGAGUGCUGGCAGCAGUGAAGAAAAUAUAGACGACAUUAUUGAUGAAAUCUGUAAUGACAGCAGCUUUACCAAAACACCUCUGAAAUUGAAGUCUAACUCUGCAAGUCUCAGACCUGAAAGCAAUAGUGCUGUUGUACAGGCUCAUAGGAAAAGAUGCUGUCCAGUGUUCCUGGGUGGAAGCUCUUCACCAUAUGGCAUAGGAACAAAUAUUUCAAAAAGAACGUGUGAUCAACUACGUUGUACUGCUUGCGACUUCCGUGUGUCACUUUUCAAUGACUACAUCUGGGAUCAGUCCUGUGAUUAUCUUUUUUUCAGGAAUAACAUGCCUGAGCUCAGUAAACUAAGAGCAAAGAUGAUAAAGAAGAAAGGAGCACGAGCAUAUGCUUGUCAGUGCAGCUGGAGAUCCAUUGAUGAAUUAACUGACCUCCAAACAGACCAGCAGCUUCGGUGGGUUUGUGGUAAACAUGCAGAAUGAAGUCCUUUUGUGCGUGGUACCUACUUGUGUGGAAACAGGUCAUAAACUCAAUUUGUGUCCCCCACAGUUUUCUGAGAACAGAUGGAAACCUGAAUACUUAUAUCUAGAAAUAGAUUAUAACACCCAGACUUCAACCUGAAAACUUUUUUUCAAUUUAUCUGUCUUGCAAGCAACGUGGGGAGUUGAAUUAUUAGAAGAAACAAUCAAUUUGGAGGCUUUCUAGAUGCUAAAUGAGGUUAAAGCUUAUACUCAGUAGUGUUAAAGAAAGGAAGAGGAAAUUGACAGAUUUAGGCAUGGGGCAAAGCACCUUGAGACUCUUCCUCAUAUCUAGCAGAGCACCUUAUUUCCCAUGUUUGCAGAAUCUUGGACUCAAAAUAUGGUGGGUUGGGAUGCAGCCAUGACACACAAGCAUAUGAAUUUCUGCACAGAAAUUAAUACUGCUGUUCUGCUUUACUCAUAGCUGUUAAUGAGCAAGUGGUUGUAGAUCUCUUAAAAAAUUACUGCAAGAUCAGCUCUCACCUCGAAGGUUUCAGCACACCCCAAAACUUUACUUUCUUUUAGCCACCAGUAGCCAAAAACUGCAGGUGCUGGAAAUCUCCAUCCAGUUCCUACUGCUUUCUUCAAAGCACUUUCUGCUGACUAAAGACUUUUACCACAGUGAAUUUCUUGGACUUCCCUUCAGCCUUCACUGCAAGAGGUGAACAAGUUAUUGUGCAAUUAUUAAAUACUGUGCAAUUUUAAAGAGAUUCUGAAGAGUGUAUAACUCUUUAUCAAUAUUUUCAAGGGAAAAAAGCCUUAGGCUUUUGAGUGAGAAAAUAUAUAUCCCCACUGACAUUCAGAUUUGGAUUUUUUUCAGUUUCACUUAGCUCUCACUUCAGCUUCACUUCAAAAUACUAUGUAUUCAGAAAGUGUAACUGUGCUGUUUCAACACACUCCCUUCCCCCAGUAACAUCGUAAAACUACUUCCAGUAUCAUGUUACUUGGUGAAUUGUCUUGAUUACAGUUAAUGUCACUAUACUUUAUGAGCUCUUUCUUUUCAUUCUGUAUAAAUGACACAGGAGAUGGAUAUGGGUUUUGGGUGGGCAGAGAGGAAGGAAAGGAUUACCAGUCCUGGCAAUUACUAAAUUGAAAAGUAUCUCAAAAUGGGAAGUCUGUCAAUAUUUUUGCUAUGCACUAUGUGAUACUGUACAGAUAAAUUCAAUUACUUUGUGCAAUUCUAGCUAUACAGAGCUAUUUCUUUUUUUGUGAAGUUUUGCUCAUGGCCCUGAUCUGUACAUUUGUUCUUUUUCUGAGCUUUUCCAAAACAAUUGCAUGAUCUUUCUUAUAGAGGUCAUCUCUUGAACCUGUUGCUUUUUCUGUACCCCUCUGAAAGAGCAGAUAUCGGUAGUGACCAGAGGCACAAUAUACUCUGCGUCCUGCUCACCUUCCCCCUCCAUGAGUGUUUUUUUAGAACCUGCAGAGGACCAGCAGUGUGCCUGGGAGGCCUGGUAGUGCUUUACAUACACAGUGCUUCGGUGCUCUAGAGUGCAUGUUCCAGUGCCACAUGCGGCCUUGCUAGUAGGUUCAGACGUGAGUUUGCUUUGGAGAGGUACUACUUGGCAUAAUGGUAUAGACAUAUUUGAGGUCAUGUAUUGUUUUCAAUGCAAUUGGUGUUUCAGGCUGAAGUUUCAACUGCUAGAGUCUAAAACUGCAGGUUCAGGAGACAGAGAGACCCAGAGACCAGUUGAUUAAUAGUCAGCUACUGGAAGAGGUCUGCUUGCCUUUCUGUCCUUUGUGAAGAGAUAGCCUCUGUGUGGACUGUAAGCAGUGUUCCUGGGUUUUCUUCAGGUGAGCCUGAGCGAUUUCCAGUCCCAGAGAACAUCAGUGCUAAUGGUAAGAGAAGAACCCAGCAGUAGUACGUAAUUUAUUAACAAGCUCUAGAGAAGAAGAAACCUACUUUCCAUUCUUCUUCUUGAAGAAGAAUGCAUUUCAAAAAGUGCUGAGUUGCCUUAGCUUGCCUGCUCCAAGGCCAUUUGAAACUGAUGACCAAGUAGCUCCGCAGGAUGCUCUUUUGGCCUGCCUUUGCACUGGAACUUGUGCCACAAUGUAGGGAACAAGUUGGGCUUGCAACUUGUGAGCAGGAAAUGGGGAAAUCCUAACACCCAUCUCAGUUCAUGAGUCUUACGUGACUUGGAAAAGGAGCGCAAAAGGUCUCCUGUACCCUGUUUUAAACAAACCAACAGAAAUAGUCACCCUCUCUGGAAUAGUUUGCACUACCAAGUGUGUGGAGCAAAUCGUGCAGAAACAAAAGUUCAAGACAUCCGUUCUAGUGAUUUUUAUGACAAGAAUACAGCCUGCAGCACUUCAAAAGUGGAGGCUAGGAAGGAAUUGAGACAAAAGGACUAAGAGUGUAGGAGAAGUAAAAAGGAUUAGCACCAAUAUCUAUUGACAACGUUAGUCAGCAUUUCUCCGAGGUCACCUCACCCCUCAGUCUUCUGUUAGCCUGGAGAGUUGUAGAAAGAGAGUUCUUCUUCUGGGUGGAGAUUGUUGUCAGGUGAUUGUAUCACUAAUGCAAUUAAGACUGCACUCCAAGCACUGAAAAUGUUAGGAGAUAAUCUUUAUUGGUAAAUGUGCGUGAAAACCUGAGCAUUCCCCUGAAAUCAUCAUGCUUAUUCGAGUGUAGUUACUUGUUUCUAGCCUUGGUCAGAAUGGUGGGAUAUGACAGCUCUUUGUCCAAGUGAAGUUUUAAACAGGUGCAGAAAUAGUGCUUAUUGCAUUAGUUUUCAUUACAGAAUUUAGCAUAUUUCUAGAUCUGAUAAUAGUUACUGUGUCAUUAAAUAUAAUUAUUUUGUUGGAAAGAGGAGUGGUAUUAAGUAUUUGAUUUCCCUUCCUUUACUGUCUUCAGUUACAUGUUACAAACCACUCCGAAGUCCUCAAAUGAAAAGAAUGUAAAGAAAGGUAAAAUUAGAACUUGAAUGCUCAUUUGAUGAAGGUAUUGUAAGAUUGCACAAGGUUUUCAAGAUGUAGCCCAGACCCUAAGUGAUAUUUCCGUGUCAGUUAUCUGAGAUAGCAGGGACUAUGUAAAGAAUUUUGUUUAAGAAUGCCAUUCAGCUGUUGUCAAACGGAAGUACUGGAGAACAGUUUUGCUAUGUAUAAACGUGACCAUUGUUUUCCUCCAGUUUUUUUCUUUGGAAGUAAUAAUACCAUUUCUGUUUGUGAAAUGGGCAAGGUGAAAACCUGAGACUUUCAUUUUGUUUAGGUGAUAUGCUUGGAAAUUUUUUAUUCUGCAGCAGAUCCCUCAACAAAACAAAACCAAUGAAGGAUGACAAAAUGAGAAUCCACACAAAAGCAUUCACUUGGAAAUUUUAGUGUCAUACCAACUUUUGUAAAUCUGUGUUCCUGCAGCACUUCUAGAUAGGAAUCCAAUUCAGAUGUACGUAGUGCAUUCUUAUAGCUUUUCUUUAUCAAAUUUUAAUGUGCUGUUCUGACCAUAUCUAACUUGUUUUACCUGCAAACUAUGGAGGGUGUCCAACCCAGAUGCUGAGUAUAGCUCAAUAGAGUAAUUAUUAAGGAUCUUGCCCUGCCAUAAAAUUUAACUUAGAGAAGCAUAAUAGCAUCACACAUUGCAAGCUCUGCACUGUAUAAAAUUGAAUAAAGAUAUUUUUUUUCUGAGCACCCAUUUCAGUUUUGUACUGAAGGUAUUCUACAAAUGCUAGGCACUGGAAGCUGCCACUUGCUGAAAGACUGCUCACUUCUCUUGUUUCCUGACAUGUGAGCCUUUGGGUCAUGUAACCAGCACAUGUGGUAGUCAAACAAUAGGAGAGGGACUGUGCUGGGAGCUGCGUAGGCAAAUUUUUCUUCCUGCCAGGCUCUUUUUGCACAAGACCUGACCAGUUUUGUCUGCUGUGUGACAUCUGAUAACUGCAGACAGGCCAACCUGUAGGGGAUGGAGUAAAGGAGCAUCAGGUGCUGCUCAUUUGCAAGGGCCACAUAUAAUUCCUGGGACUUGGCAUGUGUGCUUCAAGGAAUGCAUUUUUCAAAUGUUGAUACUUCAAUAAAAUGAAAAGUUGGAACAAAUCUGAA